CCUUGUUCGGUGUUUUAUCAAUCUUAGGGCCUUUUGAUAGCUUACGCACCGAUGGCGGCUGGACUAUAGAUCGCAAACGCAGGGGGCUCCCGCGUGCUUGCUCUGUCACAAAGGGCCGCCCGUGCGUGGCUGAGUCGCUGGUCUCUGUUGCUUUUCUCUCGUCGUCACGGGAGCAAGAAGCCCCUAAGCAAGCAAGAGCAAGGAGGCGCGGCCCGUCGUGGUGCCUUCGUCUGUAGGGGCCUGGCUGGGGUGGCGCUCGCUUCUGGCAAGGCGCUGGGUGCCGCUAAUGUAAACAGCUGCGCCUCUUCGAGAGGAAACCUGUGCGCAGUUAUAUUCAUGAUGGAUGCCUAUGCUGUAUGGCGUGCUUGAGUUGUACUAAAUCGCCUUCCAUGGCGGUUUGGAUGUGGCGUGCUGUAGCGGCUCUACAGUCUACACUCUUGCAGCGGUCACUGAAAGAAUGGCUUUGGAGUACCGCGGCCCGUAUGACUGACUGCGCGAGGCUGCUCCAGCCGUCAGCUACCUCGAUGCGGCUUAUGGCCAGUCUGCCACUUUGUUGGCUGGCGCCCUCCACGGGGCACGGCAGGUAUAGCGAAGCACACUUUUGAUCGCCCAUGCUCGUACAUUAAGAGAUGGAAGUGGACGAGGAAAGCACUCACGCCAACGGCCUCCGCUGGUGCUUGGGUGUCAAUGGUGUAAGCCUAUUACUGAGCUGGGCCAGCACUCUCAGGAGAGUGCGACAGAGAGUCGAAGGGAGAGCGAACGUCUUUAGAUGAGUAGGAGUCGCGGUCUGGUCGGUGGCACGAGGUGGCGGCCACUAGCCUCGCGCAUCUGCAAGCCGGAGGCAUCGCGCUGGCCCUUUGCGUGUUCCUUCGUUCGUUGCAGCUGCGUGAGCAAUCAAGGCAACAAAGCGCCACGCGCAAGAGAUUCAGUCGCAGGGCAGGGCUUCUGGUGAUCAGAUGACGGGUCUACUUCCGUGUUGUAGAGCGGCCACGGGGUCGCCCCUUAUGUGCGUCGCGACGCGCGUGGGGGUAAUACUAAUAUAUAUGCUCCAGGGGUGGAGGCUCCCCCCUGUGGAUGGACCGGCGGUGGCGUCCGCGCGCCCUUUUUUCCGCAGUGGUGACAGGUGAGGGCCUUGGGGGGCGAUCGAAGGCCCCGGAAGGCUCCUGGCCGCUCUCCGCAUGUAAGUACCCCAGCGGCGUCUUGACUCUUGGACCCUAUCUGGGGAACGGCCUCCGAGGAAAGAAGACCGUCGAAGGCGUGGCCCCUUUGGCCCUCAUUACACUUCCACCGCGUGGCAGCGUCCGCCACGACCAAACGCCCGGAGGGUUGAGGGCCAAAGGUGAGGGGAUUGACGGGAAGGCGUGCCCGCUUGGGUUCUGUCGGAUACUGGCCUGGUUCCACCUCCCAAGAGGGUCCCGCAGUGAGGGGCCCGCGCCUUGGGGGUCGUCUGGUACAUGCAACAAGCCGCAACAGGCCAAACGGGGCCAGGCCUUGCCACCUCUGCCACCUUCGGAAGCCUCGACCUCCCGGCCUUCGGUGCUUCCACGGCCUCCCGGCUGGGGGCUUUGUAGGGUCCAGGCAAGGAGCGGGAAGGGGUCGGGGGUGGGCGCUUGGAGGAUAGCCGGCUCGGCUGUCCUUCCGCGAGAAGGGUCUGGGGCGGGGCCCCCCCUCAAGAAGUUAGAUCGAUGGGGCGUUGGCCCCUGGACCAUGCACACGCGGCGCCCGCGACGCAGGGAAACCAACCAAGGGCAGCGCCGACGCUGGGAAAAAGAAGCCGGGACAACACGCAGAAAGCGCGCAGCGCAGUUGCCACUGUCGGCGCGGUGGGAGUUCGACUUGGCUUGAGGGUCUUCCGCGGCUAAAAUGAAAGAGAGCUGCGUGAGUGUGGCAUGGGAUCCACGGGGACGGCAGACGCGGUCUUGCAGAGGCCCCGCGGCCUGCUUGUUAGGACCACGCGGCCGCCUGUCUUGAUGAAGGGAGGCCACUCUUGUGCCCGCUGGGUCAGGCCAUACGCAGGUAGGCCGACGAAGCAUAAGCGGCCCCGUCGCGCUUUUAGGGCGCGAGGGCCAGCGGAGCUGGAUGCAGGUGGCUUUUGUGUGGAGUUCUUGCCGCUUGUCAUGUCCGUGCGUGGGAUCCAUCGCGGGAAGGUUCCCGAGGACAGAGCGCCAGGCGGAGCGGGUGCAGAGCGAUACAACAGAGGGCCCCGCGCUGCGCCAGGGCAACCGAUCUGCCACGGGAAGACAGCCGGCGCGGCCCACGUUCCUCGCGCGCUUCGUUCUUGGCUUGCACCGCGUGCUGGGUCGCUGGGUCUCUUGGCGGGGCUAUCGGUGUGAGAACAUAAUCGCGCAGCCGCAGGCCCGUCGGUUUCUACUAGCUACGCCACCCUCUCGCGCCGCUUCAUAAUUAUGCCUCCAUACUUACGAGCGGCGACUACGAAGACACGCACGAGAGCGCAAGUGGGAGAUAGGACUAUAAACAGUGGCACUGGCAAGGCUCGGUCGCUAGUGUAAGCUACCUGUGGCGCUGCAUGGGAACGGGCUUCUCUAUCAUCUUGGAUUGUUCGCCGCAUCAUCAUCUAUAAUUUAUCUACCCCCGUCCUCCAUCUCUGAUUCCCCUGCGAGAAGAUGCACUACGGACGUCUGAGUUGGGCGGCCUCCUCCUAGUGUAGCUGCCGCAGCGGUGACCACUGCAAUCGGAUAUGGGCAGAUGCGCCCGCAGAUGGCGGCUUAUAGCGCUGCUACGUAGAACGAAGCUCCAGUCAUGGGCGUCAGAAUGCUUGCGAGCAGGCUUAGUGAGCUGUGGCGUGGGUCGUUGUGUCCUCGUUUUAGAGCGUGUUAGUGCCACGGCCUGCGGGCUGAUUAUAUAUAGAUCGUGAGCACCGCUCAAAACUGCGCGCUGGCCCUUCUCUGCAGCAGAAGGGGGCUCGCCGAUGUCUGUGGGGCCGCGUCGUCAUGGGACUAUCUACCUUGCCCAUUGGUUGGCGGGGCGCUCGCUUCUGGCAAGGUACUGGGCACCGCUCGCGCAAUCAUUGGCACCACAGGCACGCCGUGCACAGUUAUGAUGCCCACUUCUUAUAGAACCAAAAAAAAACUACUCGCCCUCAGCUACUUAAAAACUUCUCUUGUUGUUAAACUAGGUAGCUUCAAUAGCUAGCUAAUUAAGUAGUUGACGGAGGAUCCCUGCAGCCGGAGGCAAGAGGACCAGGACUCGGAGAGGCAGGCGAAGGUCGUUGGACAUAUAUACAGGCCAAGCCCGCAAGAAUCUGACAUGACUGAAGGUAGAUCUAGAAGGAAAUAUGUGGCGCAUUGGUCUCGUGGAUCCACCUGGAUCCACGCGACCACAAGCAUCGCUAUUUCUUCCUAGACACCUUCAACCAUUAUCAUUUUCUUGUGGGGUGCGCCUGUAUAUUUGGCAACCUUCGCUCGUCUGCGUCUCCCAGACUCGGCCCUCUUGCUGCCAGCUGCAGACGUCCUCCGUCUAUUAUCGUAGUAGAGUCUUGCGAUCUAAAUCCUGUCUCGCUUCCAAUCCGGUCCUUCCACGUUCUCAAUGCCUUAAGUUCUAAAAAGUUACAAUCUUAAAAGUCUCCCGAUGAUGGUACUACUAUGGUAAAGGUUAGAAGCUCAAAAGUAUCACGAUGGCGAUCAUGCCCCUGGUGCUUUAAUGUUCAAAAUAAAAAUCUGCACGCUUCUGGUUUCUGCUCGUGUUUCUAUCCAAAUAAAAAAUUGACGAUCACGCCCCGGCACUCUUUCGAAAAGUAUUGGACUCGUUUGCUUUUUCUUGUUCUUGGUGCUGUUUAAAAUCGUGAAAAAAUGAAUUGAUGCAUCUCGAUGAAUUUCCUGACUCCUAUGGUGUUACUGGUAUAAAAUAUUGGCCUACUUUUACUUGCAUGAUUUUCACACUUUCCCGCUCAAGACCCAAAACAACCCGACAGGGAAAAAGUACGAACCUGAACGACUUCGGUCACAACUUGAACGACUUCGGUCAACCUGCGUUAGCUUAGCUAAAAAACCUGCACUAGUAAUUUUUUACUGUUACAAAAUAUCCGGCCCGUUUUCUGUUCUCCUGCCCGCUGCUACGAAUGCACCGGACUGACCUGGUAGUCGGUUUCUUGAUGAGAGACAACGCCGAGAGACCACUAAGCUACAAUAUUACGACUAUCUAACUAGCUAGCUAGUGAAUCUAGGUAGUUUAAGGUGACUAAAAGUUUUUAAGUAGCUGAGGGUGAGUAGUUUUUUUUUGGUUAUAUCUUAUGGAGGCGUGCUUGCGAAGUAUGGAAAGGCCUUCGCGGUGCGUAUGGAUAUGGCGCUAUGUGCCUACAAGCGGUUAUUGCAGAUCACUCCGUGGAGGAUCUUACCCACAUACAACUGAGGCUGCUCCAGCUGCCACUUGCUUCGGCUCCGCUCGUUUCUAGCCUACGCCGUUGCUGCUUCGCACCCUGCUGGACAUGUAUUGUGAGAGUAGACGCGCCGCCAUUCGAGAACAGGAAGCUCAGGGCAAUUUGAAACGCGCAGGCACGUCCAUGCCAUCUCGUAUUAUAAGAAAGGGAAGCGCAAACGCAAAGCGGGUCAGAUGAGUGGCCUCCCGUGGUGCUUGGGUGUUACGGGUCUAGAUCUAUCUUUUAGCAAGCUCUUGCUGGGUCAGCGCUCUAAGGAGAGACAGAGGCAUCCUUGGAGAAAGAAAGAAAAUCGGUGGACGAGUCGCGACCUGGUGGUGUGAAGUGGUGGCCACUGGCCCCGGACACUGUCACUGGCACCACGUUGCGACCCGGAUGCAUUGCGCUGGCCCUCUUCAGGUGCAGCUGCGUGGAUUGCCACGACAGGCAACACAGCGCCACGCGCAGAAGCUCCUGUCGCGCGACUGGACAUCUGACAGCAAGACAAGGGUCGACAAAAUCGGUGCCCAUUUUGCGUGUUGGAGGGCGGCCGCGGUGUCGCUCAGUUCCUUCUGAUAUGCAUCGCGACGGGCUUGCGGGUUAAUACUUAAUUUACGCGACGCAGGGGGCGGGCCCGCAACGUAGGGGAACCAAGACCAGCGCCUACGAUGUCAAACACCCAGAGACCGGGAGGACACGCAGAAAGCACGCAGCGUAGCUGCCACAGUCGGGGCGCUAGGGUGAGGGCGUCGGCUUGGCUUGAGGAUCUUGCUUGGCUAGAAAGGGGGGCUGGUGAACCUGG